CAGCGUUGCAGCGGAAACGAGGAACAACCUGGUAGCUGCCAGCCAGAACAUCCAGGGGGCUCAGAGGUACCUGGACAACGUUAACUUCCCUUACUGCGCCCCCAGCGAGGUAGACACGCUCAACAAGGCGGCGGAGUACGUGUUUACGGACAUGCAGAGCCCUGAUCGCCAUGACCACGCACAGUCAUGCUACUCCACAACGUACAAGAGAGCUAAUGCUCUCCUCCAGUGGUUUGACACAGUGAUCAAUACGACGAUCAUGAAGGAUUUGCACGACAUUAAUCAGAAGGUGAUGGCGAAGACACUGGAGCUGCGUCGGGAGAGAGUACGUCUGAUCCAGGAGAAGGCACAACAGAUGUGGGGCACCAACAUCGAUCUGGACACCACACUAGGAACAACCAGCGUGGACCUGGAUCAGCUUUCCCGGGGUCUGGUUACUGACGGUCAGGCCGUCAAGGUGGACGGAGACGUGGAGAGCCAGAGGGCUGGCACUCCUCCACCGCUGAGCGAAGACGAGCUGGCACCCAUGCCAUCCAACACCGUCAUAUUCGGCAACAUGUACGACCAUUACCAACGUAAGUGUCACCCAUGUUUUAUACACGUACCUUUACGAUUUUUAUUUUUUUUACUCCUCUCGUUUUCUAUAGUUCACUUUUCGUUUUUUGAAGUUCGAUCUCCGUUUUCUGUAGCACACUCUACGUUUUCUGUACUUUACUCUCCUUUCCGUUCGAUUUCCUUUAUCGUGCUUUUCAUUUCCAGUUGA